CACAAAUGCCAUGCGUCGUUUGAAGCUAAUCAUGCAGUCCCUUCCUCUAAUCCUCUUCCUGAGCCUCGAGUGUUUCCACCUCGCCGCAUCCGCCGUUGACCAGUUCACCUUCGACGGCUUCGCCGGCGGGAACCUCACGCUCGACGGCACGGCCGUGGUCACGCCGGACGGCCUCCUCAUGCUGACGAACGGCACGACUCUGCUGAAAGGGCAUGCCUUCUACCCGUCUCCUCUGCGUUUUCACGAGGCGGCCAGCGCCGGCGGGUCCUCCUCCUCUCCCAUGAGGUCCUUCUCGACGGCGUUCGUGUUCGACAUCGUCAGUGAGUACGCCGACCUUAGCAGCCCCGGCCUGGCGUUCGUCGUCGCCAAGAGCGGCGACUUCUCGACGGCGCUGCAGAGCCAGUACAUGGGCCUGGCCAACGCGCGCAACAACGGCAACGCCAGCAACCACUUCCUCGCCGUGGAGCUGGACACCAUCGUCAACGCGGAGUUCGGGGACAUGAGCGACAACCACGUCGGGAUCGACGUGGACGGCCUCGCGUCCGUCGCCGCCGACAACGCGGGCUACCGCGACGACCGCACCGGCGCGUUCAGGAACAUGAGCCUGCUCAACCGCACGGCGGCGCAGGUGUGGGUGGACUACGACGCGCGCACCUCGCUGGUUAACGUCACCAUGGCUCCUCUCGAGCUGCCCAAGCCAAAGACGCCGCUUCUCUCCGCCGCCGUGAACCUCUCGGCCGUGAUUGGAGGCGAAGCCUACGUCGGCUUCUCCUCGUCCACCGGCGUCGUCGCGAGCCGCCACUACGUGCUUGCCUGGAGCUUCAAGAUGGACGGUCCAGCACCAUCACUAAACCUAUCAAAGCUUCCUGCACUGCCUGUCACGAUCCACGGCAGGGCCCCGUCCAACAUUCUAAAGAUCGUAUUGCCGAUAGCCUCGGCCGCACUGGUGUCAGCACUGGCCAUUGCUGUUUUCAUCGUUCACCGGCGACGGCUGAAGUAUGCGGAGCUUAAAGAGGACUGGGAGGUUGCGUUUGGGCCACACCGGUUCUCGUACAAGGAUCUAUUCCAUGCUACCAAUGGCUUCUCCGAUGAGCGGCUGCUUGGCUUGGGAGGAUUCGGAAGGGUGUACAAGGGAGUGCUUCCAGUAUCCGGCGUGGAGAUCGCGGUGAAGAAGGUGUCUCAUGAGUCGAGGCUAGGAAUGAAGGAGUUCAUUGCUGAGGUGGUUAGCAUCGGUCAGCUUCGGCACCGGAACCUUGUGCAGCUGCUAGGAUAUUGCCGCCGAAAAGGUGAGCUACUGCUGGUGUACGAGUAUAUGCCAAAUGGUAGUCUUGAUAAGUUUCUGUACGAUCAAAACAGACCAGCUUUAAGUUGGAGCCAAAGGUUCAGGAUCAUCAAAGGCAUCGCGUCCGGCAUACUAUAUCUCCAUGAGGAUUGGGAACAGGUUGUUUUGCAUCGAGACAUCAAGGCAAGCAACGUGUUGUUGGAUGCCGAGAUGAACGGCAGGCUAGGUGACUUUGGCCUCGCAAGACUAUACGACCAUGGCACCGACCCGCACACCACACACGUGGUCGGCACAAUGGGGUACCUCGCGCCGGAGCUAGGGCACACCGGCAGGCCGUCCAAGGCGUCCGACGUCUUCGCCUUCGGCGUGUUCAUGCUAGAGGUCACCUGUGGACAGAGGCCCGUCUCGCAGGACGCGCAUGGAGAUCACCUCCUGCUGGUGGACACGGUGCUCGAGCAUUGGCGGCGAGCGACAGUCGGUGACGCUGUGGAUCCACGGCUGCAGGGCAACUUCGCUUUGGAGGAAGCAAGCAUGGUGAUGAAGCUGUGCUUGCUUUGCUCACAUCCUCUGCCCAGUGCUCGCCCGAGCAUACGGCAAGUCGUGCAGAUGCUGGACGGUGGCACGCCACUCCCAGAGUUAUCACAAGCUCACCUAAGCUUUAAUAUGUUGGAUCUGAUGCAAAACCAGAUGGACAAGUCAUGCUCUGCUGCUUCGUCGGUAGCAGGUAAUAUAUCUGACUUUCCUCGGGCCAGAUGAUGAGCACAAGGUGUUCAUUUCUUCUCACUACAGGAUUUUAUCUGAAAUCUGUUGUAGAUUAAUUACUCUUAUACAGUGUAAAAAAAUAAGUUCUCAAGAGGAUAGCAGCAGCAGGCUGGAAUAUA